CUCUCUUUCCGAGCUCUCUCGCUGUCUCUCACCCAGCCGCCACCAUGUCAGGCCUCUACAACCAGGGCUUCUCCCCUGCAAGAACCCUCUCCCCCCAGAUUAGGAGCAACCCCGACGCUGAUAGCCAGUACUUGGCCGAGCUUCUCGCCGAGCACCAGAAGUUGGGGCCAUUCAUGCAGGUGCUGCCGAUAUGCAGCCGGCUGCUCAACCAAGAAAUCAUGCGGGUGUCAAGCAUGGUUCAUGACCAUGGAUUUAGUGAUCUUGACAGACGCCGGUUUAGAAGUCCUAGCCCUAUGUCUUCACCGAUUGUCCGGCCUAAUCUACAUGGAAAUGGUUUUGGUCCUUGGAAUGGGAUGCACCAAGAGAGAUUGGGCUUUCCUCCUCCUGGAACAAGUAUGGACUGGCAAGGAGCACCACCGAGCCCUGGCUCUUAUAUUGUCAAGAAGAUCAUGCGCUUGGAAGUUCCCGUCGACUCUUACCCUAAUUUCAACUUUGUGGGACGCAUUCUAGGGCCAAGGGGUAAUUCUCUAAAGCGAGUUGAAUCAUCAACUGGCUGCCGUGUUUUUAUUAGAGGGAAGGGUUCCGUCAAAGAUACAGAAAAGGAGGACAAACUUAAAGGAAAACCUGGGUAUGAACAUCUGAACGAGCCACUGCAUAUAUUAAUCGAGGCUGAGUUACCAGCGAACAUUGUUGAUACAAGACUGAGACAGGCACAAGAAGUCAUGGAGGAAUUGCUAAAGCCAGUGGACGAGUCACAAGAUUUGUACAAGAGGCAACAGCUGAGGGAGUUGGCUAUGCUAAACUCUACUCUGAGAGAAGACAGUCCUCACCCUGGAAGUGUCUCCCCUUUCAGCAACGGCGGCAUGAAGCGCGCAAAACCAAGCCAGUAGAGAAAGGUUUCAGGCUCUCCUCCACCCUCCUCCACUCCAGUCGUUCUUGGUGCAGCACCAGCAAGGUGUGCCUGCCCUUGAACCUGCGCUGCUUCGUGUCGUGGGUGCUUGUGUAAGAAAAAAAAGGUAUAUGCAUUUUGCUGCUGCUGGACGGACAGGUGGUCGAGACGAGGAGGAAAUCGCUGGUCGUUGAACUGUCUCCAUCUUCGGUGGAUCCGGCCAUUUUGCUGCUGUAAGGUGAUGGGCAUUCGUUCUAUUCGUUACUGACUGUUGACCAGAUUAUGAUGCCGUGGUUUCAGGGGAGACUAGCUAUGCCUAUGGCCCUGAUAAUUAGUGUGAGCUGGUUCGUUUAGGUGUUUAAUUAGUUUGUAUUAUUAUUAUUCGCGUUACGUUGUGGAGUAGUAGCAAACGUCACAGCUGGUGAUGCACUCCGCUCUGACAGUUUGAUGAGGACAGCUUUGAAUAAACCAUGUGAAUUCAGAAUGUU